CAUUUCGUCAUUCUGCAAGAACUGUCGUUAGUAUAUAGUUGUAAUUUGUGACACAAAUCAGUGUUCCUUUUAAAGUGAUUUGUUUGCAGUGCCUGUCAUAAUAAUUAUACAACGAUGGCUUUUAUGAUGCCAGUAGUGAAAAACGAUUGGGAUAUAUACAAAUCCAAUCGAUCAAGAAGACUGUCGGAAUGUUCGAAUCCGACGUCGUGCCGUUCCAGAAAAGUGUCCGAGUGCCGUUCUGAGGGGCCAAGUCUCUCCACAUCCCCGGGUUCCGAUUUCAUAACGUCUCCGAACCGUUCAGUGCCGACCAACAUGUCAUCGAGGCAGUAUUCUCGAGCGAGUUCUAGAACGAGUGAAAGCAGUCUGCAAAGUCCCGUCAAAAGUACUGGCAGUUCACCGCCGAAAAAUGGGUCGGAACCGAGUCUGAACAAAUUUCACAACAGGUUACUGGAUAAGCUGAAGAAAUCUCUAAAGAGCAAGGAUUCCGACAACGAAAGAACCAGUUCAUGAGAUAAGGAAGUUUCUCCCAAGGAGAAGGUAACGGACUCCACCUUCUAGCGAAUAUGGAAAGACUUAGGUCAAUGACUGCGAUUGUUUUUUUACGGCCGCAGCUAACCGGGCAUUACGGCUAUGUAUGUUCAGGUAUAGCAAUUGAUAUGUUGUCCUGUGAUAUGUAGUUGACUAUUGUAAAAAAUAUACUUUUACUAUUUUGUUCUUGGAGGCUAGCUCGGUCGAUUCAUAGUGAGAUUUUUGAAAAUAGUUGGAUAGGAAAUUUAUUGAUCUAAGCAUUGAAAGAAGGAUACGUCGGAAUGGGUCUACACCAAAAUUUGUUAGAUUAUUCUGUAGUACUGUUUUGUUAGCAAUUCAAGAAACUUACGCUCUUCGUAAAUAUAUUUACUAUUAUGUAUAUGUUAACAGAAAGACUGCAAGAGGAAGAACUAUUUAAUAAAUUGAAGGAGUUCACUAUAUUAUACAUUUGAAUUAAUUAAUAAGUAAAAAUAUUGCUUGUUACAAUUACCUAGCAGAGUUUAUAAGAAUGCCUAUAUUAUAAAUAGAGGGAUAUAUUUUUAGUGAAGACCAACUUUAUACUUGGUGCCAGUGCGUACCUGUCACUAAAAACCACUGCCCUCAGUAUGUUAUUAACAUUCCAAAUAAAUUUCUAAAUGAAUAUGUAUGUAUAAUCAUAUCUAACGAAAUUUGGUACAAUAAAAAUUGUUAUAUAACGAAUAAUGAUUUGGAUAUUAAUUUCAUCACAGUAUGCAGUAUUGUAAUGAAAAAAAUGAGGAUUUGAUGUGACUUUAA